AUGGGUAGGUAGAACAUUUGAUGGAAUUUGUGUUGUUUUAAUUUUAGUCCCCCGGCCCAACAACCCAUAUGAUCAAGGAUAUGUCACAGAUGAGUUCGGAAAUAUGACGGACAGUCCGAGAAAUCUAAGGUCAGUUUUAAAGUUUUUUUUGUUUUUCUUAUUUUAGGUAACAAUCUUCUGAAAUACGAGGGUCGUCUACAAAAUUGCCGUUUUUAGAAUGCAAAAAUUUGAUUUUAGACCCUUUUUGUGCUAAAAUAAGCUAAUUUUAGAUAGAAAAAAUAAAAGCAGUUUUAUUGUUCAAAAAAGCAAUUUCUGGCAAAUUUUGUGAUGAAAAUUUGGCUUGUUGGCCAAAAAAAAAACAGAUUUUCUUGCCUAAAAUAGUAUUUUUUGGGUGUGAUUAGGUAUAAAAUAACGAAAAAUCGCUUUGACAUGGACAUAGAAACUUGCCAACGUCCAUUUUACUCUUCCUUUCCGCCCUUACCUCCUCUAAAAAUCCCAUUUUUAGCCCAAAUUCCGCCGCAACCCAUCAAGAAGUGCUUCCGAAUCGCCAGAGACGCCGUCAAAAUGGCCGCGGACCCGACCGAAUGUCCGGCGAACUCGCCGGAACACAACGCUUCAUCCGGCCCGGCGGGCAUUACCAUCGGCUGGCGCAGAAACAAACGGAACAAAUCGAGAUUUUCUCGCGCAAUCCCGAGGUCCAAAGCUUCGAUUACACGCAGUUCAAGAUGUCGCAAAAGGCCGGUGGCGCCUUCGGUGCCUUAGGCUUCGACGAGAUCACACCCAUUCAACAGAUCGCCAUCCCGUUUAUCAAGCGAUUCACCGACUCGGACUUCGUGAUCAGAAGCCCCAUGGGCUACGGCAAGACCUGGGCCUUCAUGGUCCCGAUUGUCGACGAGGUUUACGAGAGAAAGCAGUAUGUUUCGCCUCAUUUGAUCAACAAAACCGACCCCUACGCUGUUGUGUUAGCCCCGACUAGGGAAUUGGCCAUGCAAUUGUAUGAAAACACAAAGAGUUAUGUCAAUGGUAAGUUAUUUUUGAUUUUUUUGUUUUGUGUUUAGGUUUUUUGCAGCAAUUUGGGCCUUUUCGGAGCGAUUUUUGUCGUUUGCACUGUGCAGUAUCAACUUUUUUUGUCGACUGCACGGUGCGUUUUUAAUUUCUAACUCGAUUGCACUGUGCAAUAAAAGACGAAGUCGAUUUGCACAGUGCAGUUUGUUUUUUGUUGCGCGGUUUUGAUUGCACAGUGCAGUUGGCACUUUCAUGCACUGUGCAAUCGGCGGAAAUGGAUUAGUCGCACAGUGCGAAACAAGUUUUCAAUAUUUUUUGCACAGUGCAGUCGAUGAAAUGGUUCUUCCAAAAAAUGCGACAACUUGAUUUUCUCUGCACAGUGCAGACAGAAAUCGGCGGGAAAAUUGAUUGCACCGUGCAAACAAAUUUUUACUUGCCUGCACAGUGCAAAAUAAAAAAAAUUUUGUCUGCACAGUGCAGACAGAAAUUUUCGGAAAAAAAAAUGAUUGCACGGUGCAAAAUAAAAUUUUAUUUGUUUGCACAGUGCAAAUAAAAGUUUAUUUUUGGUGUCACAGUGCAGCCAAAAAACGGUGAAAAAAUAAAAUUUGAUUUGUCUGCACAGUGCAAAUCGAAAAUUUUUUUCUGCACACUGCAGAAAAUAAUCAGUUGCACCGUGCGAAAAUUAAUUUCCUUUUUCUUUCAGCCUAUGGAUCCAGAGUGAAAUGCGCCUUCUCGGUGGGCAAACAGCACAUGAAGUCGGCGCAAGCUGAGAUCGAGAGCGGCUGCGACAUCCUCUUCGUCACCCACGGCCGAUUGAUCCACCACUUUAUCAACAACAAGGAGUCAGUGAUAAAACUCGGCUUCCAGAAUCUGAAGUACUUUGUCAUGGACGAGGGCAACGAUUUCUACACUUCUGGGGCGGAUUACGAGGCUCGCAUGGAAUUGAAAGAAUUCUUCUCGAGAAUGGUGAGUUUUGAGAUUUUUUGGGGAAAAUUUUUUGUUAUAGUUGCUGAAAAAUAUUAUUUUUGGCGGGUGAAUUUGUUCUAGAGUAAAAUUUUAUAUGGAAUUUGAAUUUGACGUCGAUUUUAUAAAACUUGAGGGUGAAAUAUGAAAAAAAUUUUUUUGGGAAUUUUUGAUGUUUUUACUGAAUGAUUUGUUAUUUGAGGUCAAGGAUCGUGAAAAACACAACCUCAGCAGCAAGUAUAUCCAGUCCAUCUUGGUCGGAGCCAAUAUUAACAUUCAUAGCUACGAAUUGUUCAGUGCCUAUGUCCGAAGUGAUUAUAUUGGAAUUCAAGUGGGCAAUUGUGAUCUCCCUGCGGAGACGCUCCACAAUGAGAUUAUCCGGAUUGUAAGUUUUGAAUUUUCUUUGUUAUUUUUCAGUUUUUGGCGUUUUUUUGCACUGUGCGGAAAAUUUUCGGGGUUUGCACAGUGCAAUGGGGAUUUUUGAUCGUAGUGCUUGGAGGAGGGGCUGAUUUGUGAAAAAUACUGAAUGAUCAUGUGUUUUAAGAUGCUGUUAGUACUGGGAAUAGCUUUAAUUUUAAACUUUUACAUUAGAUUUCGCACAGUGCAAGAUUUUAUAAUCCGCACAGUGCAAUCGAAGAAUUCGAUUGCACUGUGCGGAAGGUUGUCAAACGUGGAAAAUUUUUUUUUGUACUAGGUUUAAGAGGGUUUGUACAGUCUUCCAAUAACUUUUAACAAUGAGGUUUUACCAUCCCCAUCGAGUGGUACAGUAAUUUUUCAUCUGCACCAUGCAAUUUACUAAAAUCCAUUUAGAUUUGCUGAAAGUGAGCCGUAUAAAAUAGCUGUGAUAUGUAUCCUAAUAUCUUACUAAUCUUGCUGCUUUCAGGAUGACCCGGUGAAGAAAAUCGCAAAGCUGAUUGAAAUCCUCACCAAACACGGAAAGGUAGAAGACGGCCACUUUGUGACGGAAAAAACGAUCGUUUUUGUGAACACGGUCAGAGAUUGCACACGGGUCCUCUACGCGCUGAACACGCAACGUUUCUCGGCGCUGGGAUUGUCCUCAGACCACACUCAAGUCGAGCGGAAGAAGGCCUUGGACCGCUUCAAUGCUGGCGAGUAUGAUAUAAUGGUGGCCACUGAUAUCGGCUCCAAAGGAUUGAAUAUAUUGGAUCUGGCCAUCACAAUCAACUAUGGGAUCCCCAACAGGUAAGCACUCGGAAUUUGGAGCGGAAAGAAGGCGGUUUAGAUGGAGAUUUUGGACUUGACAUCUGAUGUCAUGGAUAAGGUCGUAAAUUUGAGGAUGGUUGGUUUUAUGGAAAAAUUAAUGUUGGAAGAGAUAGAAGAAGCCGUAGGGGCUCUGGAAAUUGCUGGAAUAAUAGUAAUAACUUUUAUUUUCAGGGACAAUUUCAACAAUCGAGUCGGCCGGGUUGGCAGAAUGGGAAAUGAAGGAAAAGUAUACCAUUUCUAUGUCCCAUCGGAAGACCACCAACACAAAGCUUUCCUGAGAGAGGUUGGUUAGUUUUGCACUAUCAAAUAGGCUCUAAAUUUACACUGGAAAUGAGAUUUUACGAUAUUCUUUUAGGUCCUGCAAGCUCAGAGUAACAAAAUCGAGAUCCCCGACUUUCUCCAAUAA